CACUCAACACCGUUGGUCAGGACAGGAGACGUGUAGCUGUAGGGCUCUAUAUUUAGAUGUGUAACCUACAUAAACAGAUACUUUUCCUGCGCUUCAGACAGUCCAGAUCCAUCAGAGAGAACCAAAGUCUUCUUCAGGGGCCCAAAUAGUAAUGGCCUCAGUCAAAAAGGACAACAGACUGACCAGUUCACAAAGCUCUGUGUGUGUCGGUUUCGCCGGGAUUUUCAGUAAAACCAUCACGUCGCCUUUGGAGGUGGUAAAAAUAAAAAGCCAGGUGGGGACUUUCCAUACCAAGAGAGGUUUGUGCCAAAGUUUUAUGCUCAUCUACCAACAUGAAGGGCUUCGAGGAUUUUGGAAAGGAAACCUCGUCUCAUGUCUCCGGUUGUUUCCAUACACCGCAGUUCAUCUUACAACAUAUAAAAAGAUAGUCGACCUUCACAUGGAUGAGCUGGGCUUCAUCUCCCAGUGGAGGGCCAUAUUUGCUGGAGGUCUGGCUGGAGUGGCUGCUGCCCUGGUCACGUACCCUCUGGAGGUGGCCGAGACCAGGCUCAUUGUUCAGAACUGCAGAGAGCCCACAUAUAUCGGGGUGGUCCACACUCUGUCAAAGAUCUACAGGACUGAAGGGCUCUUUGCUCUCUACAGGGGCUUCUCCCUGACAGUUUUAGGAGCUUUUCCCUUCUCUGUUGGAUGCUACGCUGUCUACAUGAACUUGGACAAGCUUUGGCAGGAGCCUCCUUUUCGCUUUACUCCUCUCCAGAAUUUCAUUAACGGCUGUCUCGCAGCGGGAGUGGCCCAGACCCUCUCAUACCCUUUUGAAACUGUAAAGCGGAAGAUGCAGGCGCAGAGUGCACGGCUUCCACAUUUUGGUGGCGCUGACGUUCAUUUCAGUGGAAUGAUGGACUGUUUUAUUCAGGUUAUUAGAAAUAAGGGCAUCCUCUCACUCUGGAAUGGCCUUACUGCAAACACAAUAAAGAUCGUUCCCUACUUCGGCCUUCUUUUCAUCUGCUUUGAGACAUGUAAGCAGGUUUGCCUUUACCGCAACGGGUACAUUGUCUCACCUCUGAGCUAUAAACUCACACCAGGCGUCGACCAGAGCCUCGGGCCGAAUGAACUCGAAGAGGUGAAACGCUACUUGAAAAACAGGAACUUUGGAUCAGGAGGGUCCUCCUUUGGAAACCGCUGGUGAAGAUGUUCUGUAUGAAAACAAUGACAGUUUAACCCAUAAAGAGAUUCUGAUGGCUUCAUAAAGGAAAAAAAAAACACAUUUACAGUAUAUCCUGUCAGCAAAGGUCUACCUCUUUCAGAACACUGUUAUCGUAACUGAAAGCAUUGUUUGCUUUCAUUUGCUUUCAUUCUUCCACAAUGUAUUUCACUUGAUGACAUGUGCCUUAUAAUUACCUAUUUAUGUAUGGGCAUAUUUCUGAUAUUUUUGCAUUAACACAUCAUAGUGCCAUAGUGUUUUACAAAUGCUCUUAUAUGCUCUAAAAAUCAGAUAUGAGCAUCAUAACCAUAUGAGAUUGUUGUAUGACUGUGUUUCUGCUAAGUUAUUAUUAUUUUUUUUAUGUAUGAGAGCUGUAAAUGUCUGAGGCUUCAUGGGUUUAUAAGUUAUGAACAAUCAUGUAGUUUGAAGAUGGAUUGUGAUGGAAAAUGGAUGUUUAACUUAAAAUUUUCUUCCAAAGAAA